AUGAUUUUUGGAAGAACCGCCCUUCUGAAAACCACCGGACAAAUUCGAAAUUUUGCUGUUGCUUCUACCGAAAUGAGUGAGCCAAAAGUCCACAAAAGGCCAGUGAAAUUCCCUAAAAUGGAUGGAAAACCGGUGGAAAUUCAGGCAGUUUAUGAGGACUCUCUUUCGUCUGGAUCUUCUGUGGGUACUGUAGUUGCAUUCCAUGGUUCUCCAGGAUCUCACAAAGAUUUUAAGUUCAUUCGUCAGAAAUUAGACGAUAUGGGAGUCAGAUUCAUUGGAAUCAACUAUCCGGGAUUCAAGCAGACUGAUGGAUACUCCGGUCAACAACACUGUAACGAAGAGCGUCAAAACUAUACAAAUGCAUUUCUGAAGGACUUAUCUCUCACAGAAAAAGUGAUUUUCCUGGCUCAUAGUAGAGGGUGUGAGAAUGCACUCAUGACUGCGACCACUUUCCCGGCUGAUGGUCUUGUUAUGAUGAAUCCAGUGGGUUUACGUAUUCACAAAUCCAUUCGCCCAUUGUCCAGACUUCAACGUAUCGAAUACGUUUAUGACUUGCUGCCGAAAUUUCUCGCCGACGCGAUGAUUUAUAGAAUGUAUCACUCGUUUGGGCUAAAAGUUCAUGAUGGCGAAGAGGCGAUCAAUGCGUUGCGUUCGGUGAUUCGAUGUGGUCUCGAGACGACUUUACCGUUUAUUCAGAAACUGCAGAAACAAGAUACAAAAACUUUCAUGAUCUUUGCUGGAAGAGAUAUUAUUGUAGAGGAGGAAAUCAUAUUCGAGUCAUUGAAAGAGUACAAAAAUCUUGAGCACUUCAAUUAUGAUACCGACAUUCCAUCCGACGACUUCUCGAAAAUUCUGAAAUCUUUCGAUUCUUGUAAAGGCGCUUCUGUCUUCGUGAAGAAGGAUACUCAUUAUCAGAACAAAUUACGCGCGGAUCUGGUUGUUGAUGUUGUAAAAAAGAUUUUCUCGUUGAACGAUGUGAAAAACAAAUUGUGA